CUCUGUGUGUGAUUCAGUGAUUCAUUCAUUGAUUGUGCAAAACAUGGAGUGUUUGUCACUUUGGCUGUGAUUGCAAUCCAUAUAUUCUGAAGCGUUUCUGUCCAUUGUUUUCAUCCCAAGAGCACCACUGAGGCGGUCGUCGUCACCAACAAGUGUCCCAAUCAGUGACCAAAGCACUCAUCGCAAGCAUUGGAAGCGCUGACAGUGACAUCGGCUCACAAUAGAGUGGUUGUCGAGUGAGUGAGUGAUUGAUGACAAGCGGUGUCGUCGAUGUCUUCGAGUGAGCCAUCAGUGGAAGUGACGACAACGCCAUCAAACCAGCAAAGGAUGAACGGCCUAUCGUUCAGUGAGUUGUGUUGUCUGUUUUGCUGUCCUCCCUGUCCGGCGAGGAUCGCCGCGAAGUUGGCUUUCCUGCCGCCGGAGCCCACGUAUAGCGUGGUGUCGGACACGACGGACACGAAACAGACGCUGUCUUUGACGGAAAGAGCCGAAUGGCAGUACACUCAGCGAGAACUCGACGCCUUCGAGGUCUUCUUCUCGCGCACCAAUCGAGGCAAUCGUAUCGCAUGUAUGUACGUGAGAGCGACGCCGACCCCGAAGUACACGAUUCUGUUCAGUCACGGGAAUGCCGUCGAUUUGGGACAAAUGAGUAGCUUUUACUUGGGUUUGGGCACAAGGAUUGGCUGCAAUAUAUUCAGUUACGACUACUCCGGCUAUGGAGUCAGUGGUGGGAAGCCAUCCGAGAAGAACCUGUACGCAGACAUCGACGCCGCCUGGCAUUCGCUGCGGACUCGGUAUGGCAUUAGUCCCGAACACGUCAUACUCUACGGCCAAAGCAUAGGUACUGUUCCUACAGUGGACUUGGCCUCACGCUAUGAAGUGGGCGCCGUUAUCCUCCACUCACCCCUCAUGUCUGGUAUGAGAGUUGCCUUUCCCAACACCAAGAGGACCUGGUUUUUCGACGCCUUUCCCAGCAUCGACAAAGUGCCGAAAGUGGCGUCGCCUGUGCUGGUCAUCCACGGCACAGAGGACGAGGUGAUAGACUUCUCGCACGGGCUGGCGAUGUAUGAGCGCUGCCCGCGCGCUGUGGAGCCCCUGUGGGUGGAGGGCGCCGGACAUAACGACGUGGAGCUGUACUCGCAAUACUUAGACCGACUCAAGCAAUUCAUUUCAGUUGAUUUAGUGAACUGACGGCACAUUAGGUUUAGUGGUUUGCUUUAGACAUCAAUCGGACGCCCGUUUAGUCCACUCUCUUCUCAUCGAUUAUUUUCCCAAAAAUACUUCAUUUGUAAUAAUUAUUUAUUCAUACGAAUCAUAUCUAAGAUUUGUUAACAUGUUUUACAGAUAAUAAGCAACUUUUGUAUUACUUUAAUGAUUGUCAACAAAACAGCAUUCUAUCGAUUCUCUCAAUUACUGUCCCUUCCGUCCUAUUCAUACAUUCAUUUUUUACAAUUUAUUUAACGGUUUCA